AUGGCGCCACCAGAAGUGCAUCAUCUGUUCCACCACCCCAUUGCCGACCACUCCUUCUCGGCCGAUCGCGAAACCCUUGCCGUUGCCAAAGAUACUUCCCUUGAGCUGUACGGGAGAGUUGGCGGUGCCUUCAAGCUCAAGGAUGAACUAAAGGGCCAUGACAAGACUAUCACCGGCGUGGACAUUGCUCCCAACAGUGGCCGUAUCGUAACCUGCUCGCAAGAUCGCAAUGCCCUCGUAUGGGAACCGUCUCCCACUGGCUACAAGCCUACUCUUGUCUUGCUACGUAUCGCCCGAGCAGCAACAUUUGUACGAUGGUCACCGUCCGAGACCAAGUUUGCGGUUGGUUCUGGCGACAGAGUCAUAGCCAUCUGCUACUUCGAAGAGGAAAACGACUGGUGGGUGUCGAAGCAUCUCAAGAAGCCCAUCAGGAGCACCAUCACCACUGUGUCUUGGCAUCCGAACUCUGUCCUUCUGGCUGCCGGAUCUACCGAUGCCCAUGCUAGAGUGUUCUCGGCCUUCAUCAAAGGCGUCGAUGCCCGACCUGAUCCAGGUGUUUGGGGAGAGCGUCUGCCGUUCAACACUGUGUGUGGCGAGUUCCUAAACAACUCAGCUGGUUGGGUGCAUUCUGUUGCUUUCUCCCCAAGCGGUGACGCUCUCGCUUUUUCUGCACAUGACAGCAGCAUCACUGUUGUCUACCCUAGCGGCCCUGAACAACCACCCAAGGCCGUCAUUAGCAUCAGCACUCAACUGCUGCCUUUCAUGAGCUUGAUCUGGAAUGGAGAGUCCGAGAUCAUUGCUGCGGGUUACGACUGCGAGGCGUUCCGCUUCAGAGGCAGCGAGUCUGGAUGGCAGUUGGCUGGCACUCUGGAAUCCAAGGGAAGACCUGGUUUGGGCGAUGCUCGAGAAGAAUCUGCCCUGAAUAUGUUCAAGCAGAUGGACUUGAAGGGCAAGGCCAAAGACGACACGCAACUAAAGACUAUCCACCAGAACACAAUCUCGACGCUCCGGGUCUACGAAUCCAGCGGUGACUCUGUGAGCAAGUUCAGCACAAGUGGUGUCGACGGAAGGGUUGUAAUCUGGAACACUUAG